GGUCGGGCGACAGACACCUUGAAAGAGAUCGAGAAGCCAGUCGGAGAGUUAUCGUCGAGGAAGAAGGCGAACGGGGAUGGCCACGGCGGGCACUUCGGGUCUUGGCAAGAAGAAGAAGAAUCCAGGGCUCAUGGAUUCUUUUACAAAGAUCUUUGGAGGGGAGAAGAAGAAGAGGAGUAAGGGGUCAUUCCGGGGUCACCUGGCCACGUCACCCCAGCAGUCGUCCACCCGCCGCAGGACCAAUGAAAAUGCCGUGGUCCAAUUCUUCCGCAACAUUGUUUCUUCGCCUCGCCCUAAAUCAAAGUGGAGAGAUUUCUUUGGCUUGGCUUCAUCACCGCGUCCGGAGAGCACAAAAUCGCCGGUGAGACGACGCAAGGAACAAAGCACGCUGUCCAAACUUUUCAACCUGUGAUGCUUUCAUCCAAAAUCAGGAGAAACCAAGUCCCGCCCCCCACCCAAACGCUGGAGCACCAUAUUCUGACCGCUGUUCCGACACCCCGAGCGUGGAUUUUAAAGUGGCGUGAUGACUCAAAACCAAACGUGUGUGUUAACGCUCUAAUACUGGAUUCCUGAGUUCACUCAUUGGCUGCCAUUGACCGCAAUAGAUGUCCAAUCCAUUUUGACUGGUCCAGUCAAUCCAGUCUAAAUGGAUUGGACAUCUGUCGCCAUGAGUGGCUGCAAAAGUAUUACUGUGUCCAUCAAAAAACAUGGUUGUGUUGAUGUUCAUAUGGUGCUAUGUGUGUCCUGUUAUUUUUUGGUGUUUGUCUCACACCAUUGUAUUAAAAAAAAUUACAAUUAUCAUCACACCUCAGUUAUUAAUCACGUGCAGUCACGUCAAAAGUAAGCGAUCUAUUGAACAUGCCCUUUUUAAUUGCACUGUUGCGCACUAAUCACUAUUUUUAAAGGUCUGAUGUGGUUUGCGGAAAAAAAGACGGUAAUACGUAAGUGAUUCCUGAGUUUUCGGUGGAAUUUUGGAACGUCAAAACGCACGUCGUUUGUCUGUUUUGGUCUUGUUUCUGAAUAUUGUUGUCAUUUCGAGAUGUUUUAAGUUCUUGUUUUAAAGAAUUGGCUGAAUUAAUAUGUUUUCAUUUGAUCAUCUUUGUGAAAGUUUUAAUGUGGAGCCUAACUGGAAGUAAACAACUUUUGUUUUCCUGAUGUGAAUUAAUUCAUUAUUAAAUGUUCUGAAGUCUUAAAACUGUGUUGUUUUUCCA